GCCGACAUGGCCGCAGCCCCGCCGCCGGACCCGCGGCUGCUGCUCGCCCUGCUGCUGCUGCUGCCCCCGCCGCCCCUGCGCUGCUGCUCCGCCGCCGCCGCCGCCGCGCCCGACCUGGGCCGCCGCUUCGCCGAGCGCAAGCGCUGCGCCGACCCCGAGUGCAGCAUGUUAAUGUGCCGAGGGAAGGCAAUGAGGGAUUUUAAAGGUCCAGAUUGUCGCUUCGUAAAUUUUAAGAAGGGAGAAGCGGUGUACGUAUAUUACAAACUAAUAGGAAAAUCAACGGAGCUUUGGGCUGGAAGUGUUGGAAGUGAUUUUGGAUAUUUUCCAAAGGAUUUACUUGAAAUAAAUCAUAAUUAUUCCAAUGAGGAGCUAGAAUUGCCAACAGACGAAACAGACUUCGUUUGCUUUGAUGGCGGAAGGGAUGACUUUGACAACUAUAACGUGGAUGAGCUUUUAAAGUCAUUGCAAGAGACGAUAGCAAGCGAAGGGGAAACUGAACUGAGUGAUCCAGGGACAGAACCAGCUGAAGGAACAGAGAGGGAUAAGGAGACUGAACAGGCUGGUAGAGUAAUGUCCCCUGGUGCUUUGGAGACAGGCGAGCGGAGCACUGAAGAAGACAAGGAAAACCUUGUCUUGACGCAUGAAGUAGACAGUUCUCUUACAGAAGGAACUGAAAAUACUGGGGGACACUCCAAUGCCAAUAGUCACAAAGAAAACUCUCAGGGAGACCAAAUUGCACAUGAGCACUUGAAAGGAAUGCUACAUGGGAAAUUAAAAGGGCUAGAAAGUGAAAAUACCAAAAACACUAGUAUUCCUCAGGGUGAAACAAGUCAACUUGACCAAGAGAAUGAAGAAGUCAAUGCCUAUACACUUUUAAACAGAGAGCUCUCUGUGAACUUGAAAACAAAGUUUGGUUCAACUGCUGAUGCUGUUGUAUCAGAUGAUGAAGUGACUCGCCUUGUUACGUCACUGGAAGAUGAUUUAAAUGACGAUUUGAGCAUUAAUCCUCCUGAUGCAGAGGAGGAGCCAGACUUUGACGAUCAGUCUGCAGAAAUCCCUUUGCUGUCUUUUACGGCAGAGGAUGAAAUCACAUCCCCAGAGGAUUUAGAAGAUGAUGGAAACGAUGAUGUUGAGUCACAAAACCAUGAACCUGAUGAAGAUGCAAAGGGUGCUACAAAGCUAAAUAACCAAAGAGACAAUGAGGAGGAACCCAAUUCAGAUGCAUUAAUUCUUGAGGAUGCCUUCAGUAGGAGCAAGAGGUCAGGUGACAGUGGAAGUGUGGACAGGUCCGAAUUUAAACGGACAAAAGAGAAACAGGAUGACGUGGUGCUAAUUAGUAAAAGAGGAGCACCAGCAACAACUCAACCUGAUGAUCUCUCCAAAGAACUCCUUAGAAAGGAACCUGUAGGUUCUGGUGAUCUAGUUUCAAAAGAACAAACAAACAAAACUGAACAGUUUGAAGAGCAGCACACUGAUGGAGCAGAGUCACAUCCUGGAGUGCUGAAGAGUACAGCUGUGCCUGAUCCUCCUGCUUUGCCUAGUCCAGAAGAUGAUCUGGAGUCCAAAUCAUUUGUUAAAAACAAGCAAGAUGCUUUACAACCAUCUGCUGAUGGUAUUAACAAAAGUCCCAAAAGAGUGCCACUUGCUCAAACAGAGAAAAGUGAGAAAAGGUUUGAGGGUGAUACCUCAGGGGAGGUCUUUGAGAGCGAUUUAAAGCACAAAAGGUCGUGGGACAAAACAAAUGAGAAAGGAAGAGCUGAGAACAAGCCUUCUUUUGAUGUUCCAGCCAAAACAGUGGAAGAGGUACAAAAUGCAUCUCAAAAUGACCUUGGAGAUACUGAACUCUUGAGAGUGAAAGUGGAGCAUGGAAUGCCUGCAGUGGAGAAAGAACUUCUUGGACAUGAAGAUUUAAAUCAAAGAGGGGAGAUUGAUCAUGAAAAUAAAAAAACUGCCUCUCCUAACAAAGAACUGGAAAUGAAAAGCAGAAACAUGAAAGAAACUCCUGCAGGGGAGGGAGAACCAAGCCAUAGUGGAGCUGUUGAGCAACACAGGCCAUGGGAAAAUGAGACUGAGUAUUCAGAGGCAAAUGUGAAUGAAGAACCAUCAAGAAAUCCUGGCAAGAUGCCAGCAUUUGAAGAAAGCAUUGAGAAAAGUUCCCCUGAAGAAAAAUCAAAAAGUACUACACAGAAUACUAAUACAGAGAAUCUUACUCAGCAAGGAACUGCUCAUACUGAGGAUGCAGAUUCAGACAGAAAUCUUGGCACAGAUUUAGCUAAAGAAAGAACUCUAAGACCAGAAUUGCAAUCUGAAGAGCCACAUGCUGAGGAGGACCCUGACCUGAAACAAGAAGAGGAUGAGCUGCUGGAAGAUGAGAAUGCAGCAAGUGCAAAGCUGUCACAAGUAAGGGCUGCAAAUGUACAGGGUGAUACACUAAAUAUUGAAAAUACAAAUCCUGAAUUGGAAGGACUUAGUGAAGCUGUUUCAGGAACCCCAAAUCCUACUUACAAAACAGGAGAGGACACAGACUCAAUUUCUAAGGAGGAUAAAAGAACAAUCAGCAUGCAAAAUGCAAGUGAGACUGGGAACAAAGAUGUUGAUGUACCAGUAAGAAGAGAUGCUAAAUUGGAUGAGAUGGAAUAUGUCAUGGAAGAUGAUGAGGAGCCUUCUGAAACUGAGGAGCCAUCGGCUGUGGAAGAAGAUAAUUUCCAAUCUCCUGACACAGAAAACAGCGAUGACUUUGACCAAAAGAAAGAUCAUCUCCCAGAGGGCAUGUCACAAAAAGACUCAAAAGAGGUGCAAAAUUUAGAGCAUACGAGAAAUGACCAGCAGCAGUCUGCACAUUUCCCCAGCCCUGCUGACAGCUCAGCAGCCACAAACGACACUGUAACAGACUUCAAUGAGUCUGUGAAGCGGCUCACAAUAAUAAGAGACUUUCUGGAUGAGAAGCGUGUGAUGCGUCUGCAAAAGUACCUUGGGUUCCAAGAGGUGGUCAGGAUAGAAGCCAUGUUCCAUGACAUGAAGGUGGAGAUGGAGCUUGCUCGUGAGGCAAGCCAUAAUAACGGAGAUGUAGAAAAAGCCUUGGACCAGAUACUUGAGUUUUCAGAAUCGAACAUUAUGGAUGUUGUAGGAAAAGUUCUGGAUUCCAGAGUGGCAGAAAAUAAAGAGGAGGUGGUGAAAGAGAUGGAUUUGUAUGAUGAGGAGAGUGCACUGAUGGAUGACAUUCAAGAAUUAAUAUAUUCUUUAAGGAGUAAAUAUUCAUCUGCUAGUGAGAGUGUCCCACUUGCAUCUACUCCAGAACAGGAAGAUGACCAGCUGUACAUUGAAGAUGGUGCAAAACAGGCUGAAUAUGGCAGAGUUACCAUCAGAAACCCAAAUGCCAUCGAUGAGGGCAAUCAAGAAUUUCAGCAGCUUGAAGAUAAGAGGCCAAAGCAGCCUACUGAGGAGGAAGAGAAGGCUGUUAAUGUUCCACCUAUGCAUGAAGAGGCCAACUUCUCAGACAACGGAGAACCUGAAGAAGGUUAUGACAGUGAAAGAGGAUCGAUCCUGGAAGAUAAUUCCUUUGAGUCAGUUGAUUCAGAACAAAGUGCCAAGGAAGAUAUUGCUGCAGGUGCCGGCGCGGCCGAGGGCGCCCCCUGGCGGGCGGCGCGGGAGCUGCUGCGGCGGUUGGUUGCCACCCUGCCUGAGGAAAUGCGUCCUGGGCCUGAUUUCCAUGGACUUCCAUGGGAGCCUGUUAUUAUGACUGCCUUAGUGGGAAUUGUCACGCUUGCUAUUUUUUUCUGGAGAACCUGCCUUUCAGUAAAGAGUAGAAUCUAUCAAGUGACUGAAAAGCAACUUGCUGAAAAGAUUAAAAACCUUCUGCAAGAAAAAACAGAAAUCUUAGAAAAGUUGUCAGAAUAUGAUCAAAAGAUAAAGGAAGCAAAGGAAUCCAUGAAAGUGGCCCAAGAACAAAAAGACAUUCUCUCUGAUGAAACUGCAGGACUUAAGGACACUGUCAAAGAACUGGAAGAAGCAAAGCAUCAGCUAGAUGACAAAGUGAAAAAUCUGCACACAAUGCUUGAAACGGAGAGAAAAAAGAACGAGAAGAAACAGAACAAGCUCUCUGAAACCCAGAAGUCCUUGGAGAAACUGCAGGAGGCUAUCAAUGUGCAUUCUGCAGAGCUUUCAGAGGUGCAGUUAGCCCUUAAUGAAGCUAAACUAAGUGAAGAAAAGGUGAAAUCUGAGCUGCUUCAUGUGCAGGAAGAGAAUGCUAGGCUGAAAAAGAGCAAGGAGCAGCUGCUGAAAGAAGCUGAAGGUUGGAGUGAGAGGCAUUCUGAGCUCCGUGAGCAGAUCCAAAUGUAUCAGAAAUCUCAGAAGGACAUAGAAGAAACACUUGCCUACAAAGAAAAUGAAAUUGAAGUUUUAACUAACUGCAUUAUGCAGCUGAAGCAGCUGGACGUGGAUCCAGAGGCCAAGAAGGAUGAGAAGGGGGGUGAGUGGAGCCCAGGAGAUGAGCUGGCCAACGGAGAGUUGCCAGAUAUUGAGAGUGAGAAGAUGAAGGCUCAGAUUAAGCAGAUGAUGGAUGUCUCCAGGGUAAAAACUAUGUUGUCCAUAGUUGAAGAAGACAGAAACCUUCUGCAGUCCAAACUGCAUGAUGAAGUAGCAGCAAGACAUGAGCUGGAAGAGAAAAUAAAAACAUUGGAACAUGACUCCUCUUCUCUCCAGUCAGCCAAAACUCAACUGGAAAAUGAAUGCAAAACUCUGCAGCAGAAAGUGGAGAUACUUGGUGAACUCUACCAGCAGAAGGAGAUGGCACUCCAGAAAAAACUAACCCAGGAAGAGUAUGAGCGUCAGGAGAAGGAACAGAAAUUGUCUGCUGCAGAUGAAAAAGCCGUGCUGGCCAUUGAAGAAGUGAAAGUUUAUAAGCAAAGGAUCCAAGAUAUGGAAGAAGAACUGCAGAAAACAGAGAGAUCUUACAAGAACCAGAUCGCUGCUCAUGAGAAAAAGGCACAUGACAAUUGGCUCAUUGCCCGCUCGGCUGAGAGAGCUCUGGCUGAGGAAAAAAGAGAAGCAGCCAACCUGAGACAAAAAUUAAUAGAAGUAAACCAAAAAAUCGUCAUGCUUCAAAGACCAGUAAUUGUAAAGCCAACUCCAGGCAGACCAGAUCGCCAAGUCCCGCCACGACGAGGUCCCUUAAGCAGAGAUGGCUCGUCUGGCCCAUCCCCUGUGAGUGGAGGAAAUCCAUCCCCCACACAGAUGAUCGAAGUUCCUGCUCGGCCCCUUUCUGCUCCUCGAAGGGAAGGCACAAGGGGUGAAUUUGUGGUGGAUGGUCCCCCUGCUCCACGAAGGCCACCAGAGUUACCUGGAAGGAUGUCUGUUCCUGACAUUGGGCCUGCGGUGGCAUCCCUGAUCAGCAGUGAGCCAAGAACCUCCUCCCCUUCCACAGCAAUGGAUGGAGUGCAACCCUCUCCCAAAGAGUCUGAAGCCCCCAGUGUAGCUACCGAUUCACCUUCAUCCAGUGAAGCGGCUGCAGGGAAUGCCAGUGCCAAAGGCCCGUCUCCUUUCCCUGGGACACCCAUCAUGCCCUCCCCAGUGAUGGGACCUCCUCCUCCGCCGCCUGUUCGCUACGGACCACCACCACCUCCUCUCCGUGGGCACUUCGGGCCUCGACCUCACCCUGCGCCCCAAGUUUGUGGUGCUCCCUUGCCACCUCCGCCUGCAAGAGAUUUCUUACCUGGUCCACGUUUAGGAAUAAGAGAUUUGCCUCCUGGCCCACUGCCGCCUCCCCCAGAUCCCAGAGGCUACGUACGUGGGCACCCUCCUUUCCGGCCCCUAGGCCCUCCUGGCCCCAGGGAUUAUCCUCCAGGCCCCCGGCUACCCCCACAAGCUGCCAGAGACUAUGCGCCUUCUCCCAACAGAGACUUGCCCCCGUCAGCACCCAGGGACUAACGUGGCUGCCGGGCUCCAAGGACUACGCACAGCCCCAGCACAGGGCCCUGAUGGGACAGCAGCUCCACACAGUGGGCUCUGGCACACAGCCCACCCUCGGGAUCGCAGGAAACGGCUCUUGGUUUGAAGACAUUGGUCUCAUUUCAGUAUAUCUCAGCUUUUGCAGGAUUAAUUUUUAUCCAGUUGCUACAGACAUCUUAUGUGCAUUUAUGAUCACAAACUCAUCCAUCCACUUGGGCUGCAAGAACCUUUUUGUGGUGGACUUGAACCUACUCUAAAAGUGCAAUAGAAGGAAAUACCUGUGUGGAUAGUUUUAAUUCUAUGUAGCCUUUGUAACCAGUUGGCAAAUGAACUAAUUUCGUUAAAAAUGUAAAUCAAAUCAUUUCCUGUGGAAAUAAUUUUUUAAGUAAAACGCUAUCCAACCUGC